AUGAGUCCCCUUAGUGAUCAAGAAGGAUUUGCAAUUGCAGUCGAGGAAGCCAAGAUCGGAUAUGAAGAAGGUGGCGUACCUAUCGGGGCAGCUUUAGUCUCGAGAGAAGGAAAACUUUUGGGCCGUGGUCACAAUAUGCGCGUUCAAAAAGGAAGUGCUAUUCAUCAUGGGGAGACAUCCGCCUUGGAAAACUCGGGUCGUCUUCCUGCCUCGGCUUAUAAGGGGUCGACCAUGUACACAACUACUGGAGCAUGUCUUUUGUAUGGAAUAUCACGAGUGGUCGUUGGUGAAAACAACACUUUCCUUGGUGGUGAAGCCUAUUUGAAGCAAAGAGGUAUCGAGGUCGUCAACAUGCAAAGUAAAGAGUGCCAGGAAUUGAUGGAGAGAUUUAUCAGCGAGAAGCCAGAAUUGUGGAAUGAAGAUAUUGGAGUUGAGAAGAGGGUCCAUACCAAGGAAUGA